UUUAAAAAAAAAUAUCCAAACUCCUGUCUCAGCUUCAAGGCCCUAGCUGAUCCUCACCUCUUUCCACCCUCCCCUUGCUCACUGGGCUCCAACCACUGGCUUCCUGGGUUGCACCCCCUGCAGGGGCCUUGGCCGGACCUGUUCCCUCCCUGUGGAACACUCUUCCCCCAGGACUGCCCUUGGCUGGCUCGCUUACACCCCGAAAGAGAUCCACUGACUCCUCUACUCAAUGUUGCCUCCCACCCCCAGCAGUUUUCUGUUCUUCUUAACUGGUUUUAUGUCGUAUGCAGCAUUUACCCUUCUUGGAAACUAUCUCUUAAUUUAUCAGCUUGCUUGCUUGCUUCCUGUCUGUCCCCUCAUGGAAAUGUGAGCACCCUAGAGGCAGAGGUGCACCUUCUACCUGCACAUGUAGUAAGUCUGUGCUCAAUAAAUACUUGCCGAAUGAAUGGGAUUAUAUAGGAUGCCGUGUCAGGGUAUGUGCCCCCAACAUGACGUGCGGAAGGCUUUCCAUGAGAAGCAAGUUUCAGCUGACACUGGAGGGCCUGUAGGAGUUGUCCAGAAAGACCAGUUCAGGCAGAAGGAAGCGAAAAAAAAAAAAAAAAAAAGGAUGUGGGACGGUCCUAAAGCAUGGAGUGUUUGGGAAACCGUACCUUGUCCAAAUUGGCUUGAGCAGGAGAAUUAAAGGGGAAGGAAGAGGCAGGGGAGGUGAGAGGAGUUGGAGAAGUGUCACGCAGGCCAUUGCAGGGCCUCGGUGCUCCCAGUGGGCAGUCCCUGAAGGGUGUUAACCGCAGACAUUUCCAAAGGGUGGCUGAGGGCAGAAUGGUUUCUAGGGCGAACACGUGGGGGGCAGGUCUCUGGGAGACGCUAUGGGCCCCAUGAGUGGUGCUGGUGCCCUGAGCCAGGCGAGUGGCAGUGUGGAAGGAAAGAGGUGGCCAUGUGCAAGAGAUACUGAGGAGGCGGGCCUGCCCGGACACGGUGAUGGAGUGGGCUGAAAGAGGGACCUGUCAUCUCGGGACACCGGACUCUCCAGCUCGAGGGACCUGGUGGCCGAGGUGCCGUUCUCUCGACUGGGGAGGCCAACAGAGGGGGGGCGUGUUUGGGGGAAAGGUUGGGGUUCUGUUUUGAACAUGUGACUCUUGAUCUCAGGGUCGUGAGGUUGAGCCGCACACUGGGUGUCGAGUUUACCUAAAAAAACCCCAAAACCAAAAACAGGUGGAAUUGGGGUCCAGAUGGGCAGUGGAGACUCCUGUUGGUUUUCCAGAAAGACAGAGUGGCCCAUGCGGUCAGGUGCUGAAGGGAGCCCUCUGGAUGAGGAGGCAAUGAACGUUGAGGGGAGUGGCCAGGAGGACCCUGGUCUUGGCAGGAGCAGUUUGGCUAGAGCAGCCUUGGUGUGUGUCAAGCCAUGAUGGGAGAUGAGGAAGGGAGACCUGGAGCAAAGCACAGAUCCCCCUUCCAGAGGUUCGGGAGGGAGAGAGAGAGAUAAGGCUGUGGCUGUUUUCUUAUUUUAAGCUGGGGGAGAUUUAAGUCCUUUGGAAUGUCAAAGGAAGCACCCAGAAGAGAGGGAGGCUGAUGAUCCAGGAAGGGCAAGGGGAUGGAACUUGGAGCUUCGGAGCUGUUCCAUCGUGACGAGGGGCCACUGGCCACCGAAGCUUUGACCGGGGUCUGGUGGAAGCUUAGGAGCUGCGCUGAAGACCGGGACUCCCGGGUUCGAUGCCCCCACAGGCUGCCCCGGCACCAGGGCCUGAGCAGCGCCGGCGCUGGCGGCGGAGGCGAGGACGACAACACGCGGAGGACGCCAGGCUCGGGACGCAGCUGGGAUGGCGCGCCCAGGUCCGGGGGACCCCCGCCCGUGCCCCCCGCCCCGGGGGGCUGGAUGGCGCGCCCAGGUCCGGGGGACCCCGCCCGCGCCCCCCCGCCCGGGGCUGUCACCGCGCAGGUCUGCGAAGUUCCGCAUGGGUCCGCCAGAGGGCGCCCGGGGGCGGAGGCGGGGCGGGGCGGGGCGGAAGCGGGGAGCCGGGCAAGGGCUGCGGCCCGUCGGUCCCGCCCCGCGGGGUUGCGGCUCAGGUCAGAGGGUCGGAUGCGAGGCCGGGGAAUCCGGACUCAGGGGCGUCGGACGCUCGGUAGAGCCGGAUUCCGGGGGCUGAACGCACCAGGCUUCGGAGUGGAGCGUUCUCAGGCGCCGGAGCGGCUCGGAUGCCGUCCCCCCGGACCCUCCCCUCGUCCCCCGUUCCCCCCCGCGCCGGCCAGCUGGGAGGGGGCUGCCCCCGGGUCGCGCGUGGGGCGGGUCUCCGGGCCCUGGGCCUCCGCCACCCAGGGUUGUGGAGAGGACACUUGAGAAUCAGCGCGUAGCGGUUGGGAGGUGGAGCCCAGU